AAAAGUAUUUCAUCAAUCAGAUUCUCAUUCGCAUGCGAGAAAAUUUUACCUACCAGCAGGAAUAUAUCUUUACUUAUGUUGUGUAGGUUAAGCGAGAAAUUAUGAUGCGUAGAAACAGAGAUGUAACAAAUGGAAAUUUUCGUUUUUGUUGUGUUUUGGUCAUUUUUCGCGACUUUUUAGCGAUCUGCUGAGUCAGGUUUGGGCGGUCUGAAUAUGAUAAUCAGUAACCACUCCCUCUCAAAUCCUGUUUGAUUACGCAUAUUUCACAGUUUAUUAAUAAAAAUAUAGUUUUUUCUUCAGCCCUUAGCCUUCAAAAGUCAUAUUCAUUUUAUGUUAUUGUAAUACUUCGUAAUUUGCAAGAUGGACUUAAUAACGAUUUUAAUUGGUAUUUUCCUUCUAUUUUUGACAUUAUUUUUUUUCUUUGCGGAUGCUGAUUUAACUUUAUUAUUCUAUCAUGCGUUCUACCCACCAAAAGAUUUCAAAAAAGAAGUUGUCUGGAUUACCGGAGCUUCUAGUGGCAUUGGAGAAUAUUUAGCAUAUGGUUUUAUUAAAAGAAAUGCAAGACUUGCUUUAUCUGGGGUAAAUGUUGAAAGACUACAGAAUGUGAAAAAACAUUGCCUUGAACUGUCCAAAUGUGCUGAAGAUGAUAUUUUGUUAGUGCCAUUUUCAAUUGAUAAAUUUGAUGAACAUGAUGAAUGUGUUAAAAAAGUACUGGAUCAUUUUGGGAAGAUUGAUAUCUUAGUUAAUAAUGCUGGGAUUUCUUCAAGUGCUGGUUAUGCUGAUAUUGACAUCAAAGUUGACAUGAAUUUGUUUAAUGUCAAUGUAUUUGGAACUGUCAAUCUCACAAGAAAGGUUCUCAAGCACUUUUUGGAGCAAAAGAAAGGACAUGUAGUAUACACUAGUAGUAUGGCUGGUAAAAUUGGGACACCAUUUACUUCUACAUACAAUGGAUCAAAACAUGCAGUGCAUGGAUAUUUUGAAUCUUUAAGGACAGAAGUACAUGAGGACAACAUAGAUGUCACUUUAGCUUGUCCCGGUCCUGUGUUUUCACGUCUGGCUGAGAGACGUGUUACUGAAGAAGUGGGAAAGGUACAUCAUGAGGUGCGAAAGCCUACCGACAAAAAAAUGGACACAGAGCGCUGCAGUGAGCUUAUGCUUACAGCAAUUGCAAACAAAGUGGAUGAAUGCUGGAUAACCUACCAACCUUUUUUAGCAUUCCUCUACAUUGCACAAUAUAUGCCAUCCUUUUACAGAAAUAUCGUAGUGAAAAAGGUAAUGACUAAAGAACGAGCUAAGAAAGCUCUUCAAGGUCGUUAAUCUUUGCAUCUGACUGUUGAGCUUACUUAAAGGGAACAUUUUAAUUCAUUUUUGGACAUCAAUUUAUUUUUAUACAUUUGAAAUCGAUUACUUAAUUUCCCAUCCACCAAGAAUAUACCUGUGAAAUCUUGUUGUUUUUAUGUGAUAUUACUUAUUCACACGAAUAAAAUGUUAUUAUUUUUGAAUAAAAAAAAAUUUUAUGUUAAAA